AUGGUGACAGUAGUAUUACAGAAUGCAAACAUUGAAGUAAUUAACACAAAAAGAGGCAAAUUCCUGCUAUCAAGUGACAUGAAUGAAGCAAAAAAAAGAAUCAACAGAAAUCAGUACAGACCAGAUAUCUUACACCAGUGCUUACUAACCCUACUGGACUCCCCACUGAAUAAGGCAGGAGAACUAGAAAUACUAAUAGAACUAACAACAAAAAAAAUAAUAAAAUUAAAUAAGUCCAUUCGUAUACCAAGAGUAUACAACAGGUUUAAUGGACUAUUUGUACAAUUACUAGAAAGGCACAGGAUAUACUCAGAAGAGAGUAGAAUAGAACUAAUGAAAGUAGAGAAAGAAGGGAUAGAGUACUUUAUAAGCAACGACAGUAUAAAAAUAGGGUUAUCACAGGAGGGAGAGAACUUCUAUGAUAUAAUAAAAAAAAAUAAUACAGAAUAUAAUACACAUACUACAGUAAAUAAUGAUAAUAGUGCAAUAAAUAAUGCACAUAGUAUAAUAAGUGAUAAUAAUAGUACUAUGAGUAAUAAGUUAUAUAAUGAUAGUACUGCAGAAUAUAAUACACAUAGUGUAAUAAGUAAUACUAAAAUACCACCAUACGUAUUUUAUAUCAAUGCAAUAUCAAGUGGUGAUGACCCUAACAAAGGCAUGGAUUAUAUCUUGUCAUUGUCUUCUUAUGCCUUAUCUGCUGCCACUUGUUGUUCUAAGAUAUGCACAUACUUUGAAGAGGUAUUGAAUAUAUUUUAAUAAGAUAUAAU